AGAGCGUAUUAGCUCUGAUACCAUUUUGAGGAUUUAGGAAAAUGAAGUAUAUUAUUCAACCACUGAAUGAACUGUACAAGUGCUAUAAAUAGCAAUGAAAGAAGGCGGGAAAAAUGAAAACUAAACAAACUGAACCAGCUGUCAUUUAACUAACUGUAACUAAUUUUUAACUAACUAAACUAACGCCUACUAAUCUUAAUAAUAGUAAUCCCACAGUCACAAAGAAUAAAGUCCAUUAGUAGUAUUUACAAAUAGCAUUAUCUUUAAAAUAAUAGCAUUUUUAUUGUUUGCACACAUGAGAGCCUCUUCUUUGUGGUUUCUAUGACACUGUCCCCACAUGAGUCUUCUUGCAGGACUUCUAAUUUAAGAGCAUAUGAUUUUUAAACCUAUCAUUGUCAUUACAAUGAAAUUUCUUUGAUUUGAAAUUCUACCGGCACUUAAGAGAAUCGAAGUUGAUAUCUGCUAUAAUGGAUUCACAGGAAGUAUUCCAAAUGGAAUUGGAAACUUAUUGUCACUUCAAUGGUUGGAAUUGGGCAGCAAUAACUUGACAGGUACUAUUCCAUAUUCAAUUGGCAAUGUAUCAAAUUUGGAGAUAUUUAAUAUGGACACGAACAAUAUUCAAGGACAGAUUCCGCAAGAAUUGGGACAUCUAUCACUUUUAAAAACGAUAGAUUUUCCGGUGAACCAUCUUGUGGGUGAAAUACCUGAAUCCAUCUUCAAUCUCUCCAAUUUAAUACUAUUGUCGUUAACACAGAAUGAAAUCUCAGGCAAUCUUCCAUCAUCACUGAACAAUGGACUUCCUGUUCUCGAAAGUCUCUAUCUUGCUGGUAACCUGUUAAGUGGAGAAAUACCUAGCGGUAUUUCAAAUUUUUCUAAACUUUCUACAUUGGACCUUACUCAGAACUCGUUCAGUGGACAAGUACCCAUGACUCUUGGAAACUUACGAGACCUCCAAACACUAAGUUUGCAGUAUAAUCAGUUGACAAAUGAUCCUUCAAUGGUGGAAUUAGAUUUUCUUAGCCCAUUGACAAAUUGUAGACAGUUGAAGAUCCUACGUUUUGGAUUUAAUUCUUUUAACGGAAUGCUUCCUAAAGUCUUGGGUAAUUUCUCACAGUCUGUUGAAACAAUCACUGCUGGCUUCUGUGGCAUUAAAGGCAUGAUUCCGAGUGAAAUUGGUAAUCUGAGCAACAUAAUUUACUUCGCAAUGGGAGGAAAUGAUUUGAUAGGAACAAUUCCUGACACGAUGGGUCAAAUGAGGAAGAUGCAAAAGCUCAUAAUUAGAAAGAAUAAACUCUGGGGGUCAAUACCUGUCAACCUUUGCAAUAUGGUAAAUCUAUAUUACCUACAAUUUACAAACAAUCAGCUCUCUGGACAGCUGCCGUGGUGUUUGGGAAACAUUAGUUCCUUACAAAAUAUCUAUUUAGAUUACAAUGGAUUGACUUCUACUAUACCAUCAACUUUGUGGAGCAACAAAGAAAUUCAAAUUUUGGAGUUGUCUCAUAAUUUGCUCAUUGGUUCUCUUUCUCAAGAAAUUGGAAGCCUGAAGAGCUUGAGAGAAUUACAUCUGUCAGAAAAUCAGUUUUCGGGAGAUAUUCCUACCAACAUUGGGGAACUUCAGAGUUUGCAAAAUCUAACAUUAUCAAACAAUAAUUUGCAUGGUCCUAUACCCGAGUCAUUUGGUGAUUUGAAAGAAUUGGAGUACUUGGAUCUAUCUCAUAACAAUCUUUCUGGUCUGAUCCCCAAGUCAUUGGAGUCACUUGAGUAUCUUAAAUAUUUUAAUGUCUCAUUCAAUAAACUUGGGGGUGAAAUUCCGAAUGGAGGACCUUUUAAAAACUUGACAAGAGAUUCUUUCAUAGGCAAUGGGGAAUUAUGUGGAGCAUCUCGAUUCAUGGUCGUGGCAUGUAAAAGUAUCACAUCAAAAUCAUCAAGCAAGACAAGGUAUCUGAAAUAUAUUUUACCAUCAUGUGCAUUAGUAGCAUGUAUAGUAAUAUUUGUUGUUUGGUUUGUGAGAUGUAAUAGAAAUAAACCUCUUCCGACUCAGUCCAGUUUCCCUAUUGCCCUCACCAUCAAGAGGAUUUCAUAUUAUGAAAUUCUUAGUGCUACUAAUAACUUCGAUGAAGAGAAUCUAAUUGGCAGAGGCAGUAUUGGUUCAGUAUACAAGGGUUUAUUUUCUGAUGGGACAAUUGCAGCUAUUAAGGUUUUCAAUUUAGAUGUGGAAGGUGCGCUCAAGAGCUUUGAUACUGAGUGCAGUAUAUUGUGCAACAUUAGACACAGAAAUCUCGUCAAGGUAAUUACAUGCUGUUCUAACCUUGAUCUCAAAGCCUUGGUGUUGGAAUAUAUGCCUAAAGGAAAUCUUAGCAGUUGGUUAUACUCUUCCGACUACUGCCAAAAUAUAGUGCAAAGAUUGGAAAUAAUGAUAGAUGUGGCAAGUGCAUUGAAGUAUCUGCAUCAUGAGUAUACAUCCCCAAUUGUCCAUUGUGACUUAAAGCCCAACAACAUACUUCUAGAUGAAGAUAUGGUUGCCCGUGUGGUGGACUUCGGAAUUUCAAAGCUCUUUAAAGAAGACCAAAGAAUUUCACAAACCAAGACUUUGGGCACCAUUGGUUAUAUGGCACCAGAGUAUGGAUCAACAGGACUCAUAUCAACAAUGGCAGAUGUUUACAGUUAUGGGAUUAUGUUGAUGAAAACGUUUACCAAAAAGAAGCCCACUGAUCCUAUAUUUGAAGGAGAGUUGACUAUGAGGAGAUGGGUGGUUGAAUCAUUCCCAGAUGCAAUAAUGCAAAUUGUAGACAUUGAUGUAGUGGACGAAGUUGAAGAGAAUAUUCGAUCUAUAGAGAGAUGCAUCACAUCAAUCAUGGGGUUGGCUCUAGAAUGCACAAGUGAUUUGCCCGAGGAGAGGCUCAAAAUGAAAGAUAUUUUAAUAAGGCUCCAGAAGAUCAAAAUCGAAUUUCCUCCAGGCAUAACUAUGCGUAUAAGUCGGGAUGCAUUGGUUCAACAGGGACCCUAGGCCUGACAACCUGUGACCACAGCUAGCAAUGGUCCCAAGCCAAUGGGUUUUUUAAUAGCAUGGCGCUUCAGGAAACCGGAAGCAUGUUUAAGAAUAUCAUAUCUUUAAUAAUGUUGGUUUUACAGCUUAACUUUCAUAUAUUUUGGUGCUUUAAAGUCGUUAUUUCGCGUGUACUGUUUUAUUGAUUUAUAGUGCCUGUAUUGUCUGAUUUUUAUUUUGUUACUGAUAUGUAGAAAAUGUGGAUUUGGUGAAAGAUCAAUGAAAAUGUCUUUUCAAUAGCCUAA